AUGGCCCUAAGAAUAAGUGCCCCAUCCCAAACUGAAACUCACCAGGUCUACUGGAUUGGACAAUUGGAACCAAAUGUAGAGCGAGUGGUCUACAACGAGCAUGCUUUUCAAAUAAGCAACCUGCAUGCUCGGUUAAGGGCGCCAAGAUGCCCUUUUCACUGUACGAUAAAAUUCGACCAAACACCAAGCAAAGAAAGAGAGGAGAAAUGGAAUAAGGAAAUGAGUAAGUGGGGACGCAUCCCACUCGACAUACACGCACUGGUGGUGGCCAAGGAAGGAGUGGCCGCUGAGGUGAAAUUUGUGGAAGGAUGGGAUCUAGGUCUAAUCUUCAACAUGCCUGAAACAAUGCCACACAUUACUCUAAGAGUGGCCAGAGGUCACAGAGCAAGAGAGAUGGGCCCAGUGAUGCUCGAGGCCAAAUGCAUCAAGUGGAAAGACACAGGAAAUGACCGACUCCAAACGGCUGUCAGUAGAGAAGGAGAGCCAGUGUUCAGGAUAAAAUUGGACAACCCGGUCACCGUGUGGGGAGUCCCGCAGGUAGUCGAGAUCAUGGACAUAGAACCACAAGAGAAGGAGGAGAUACCCUACGCUAAAGGAUGUCCGUAUGGGAACCAAUUCUGCCUCUACCGCCUAUUCCCAGGAGCGGGGCGCCGCUGCUGGGACAAAACGAGACAUGUACCAUUCAGCAAAGAAGACGCGGAAUGGAGCACAUACAUGCGACAUCUGUCAUGGUGCCCCAAGAAGAGGGCACAGGGCGGACAAAUGGCCUCGGAGGAGGUUCAUGACAUACCCUACGUUAAGGGAUGCCCCUAUGGCAACCCAUAG